AUGUGUUAUUUAAUUUAUGGAAAUUUAGAAUUAGAAAAUGCCUUACAGAACAAUUAAGAAAUAAACUAGCUUCAUAAUGGUCUGAGGUUGUUAGAACAUUUUGGCUUAGCAUUUAAUAAAUUUUAUCCUGACUUUUUAUAAUUUGUCGAUAUCAGUAAUAUUAGUUAUAAUAGUUUAUAUCCUUUUGGUUAUUAAAUUCCAAACUAUGACCUUCAUAAUCGGGCUUGGUAUUUUUUUAAUAAAUUUUAAGGUAUGUUGAUCACAUAAGAAAAUCCAAAUCUGAUCCAAAUCAAUCGUAUUUCUUUACAGAUGUUUAUAAGAUGAUUGUUGGAGAUUAUAAUUAUUAUUUCUCAAUUACUUAAUCUUUAUAUGAUUAGAAUAAAAAUGUUUUAGGAAUUUUAAAGGUAAUGUUAUCUAUAAAUGACUAAAAUCUUCGAAAUGUCAAAUCAAAUAUAAUUUUAAUCAAUUAAUUUGGAUAAGUAAUUUACUAUGAAAUGGAAACUUAAAAGAUUGAUAAUAGUUAAGUAUUUUAUAUUUAUAAUGAAUCAAUUACUGGUUUUAAUAUAUCCGAUUGGAAACAAAUGGAAAAUAAAGCUAUGUAACAUUAAAACUAAUCAUUUGAAAAUCAACAUUUAUUAUCUAAAUGCCUUAUUUUAUAUAAUAAAUUUUAUAAAUCUUAUGUACAUUUGAGAAGUGAAAAAUUUGAGAAGGAAAACUUUACAUUAAUAAUGUAUUUACUUUUUUGAAUUUUAGAUUUACCAACCUUACAUCUAAAUUAAUUUUAAAGGAAAAAUUUGAAGAAGCAUUUCUGGAAUCUGAAAUUUGGAUUUUAAUUGCAGCUUUAUCAAUUUUGUUUUUGGGAGCUUUAUCUUUUAGUAUUAGUAUUUGUUAUAUAAAUAUGAUCUGUCAACCUUUAAUAGAAAUCAAUAGAAAAAUAUCAAAGCAUGUUUUAUCUGUUGGAAAUAAUAUAAACCAUAUGAUUUUCAAAAUUCUUUAGUCUUAAGAGAGAUCAUCCAAUCUUUUUAGUAAAUUGAAUGAAUAAAUCUGGAAUCUUUAUGAUAUGAUUUAAACAAGAUAACAAAAAAAAUGUGAACAAUGUCUACUAAUUGAAAAAAUGCUUUACGAUAGAAAAGAGAGUAGUUUAAAUUAAAAACUAUUUGAAAUAGCUCUUAGCAAAAUUCCAAAUAAUGUAAAAGUAGAUUAAAAAGAAUUUUAAUAAUUCUUCAAUAUUUUACUUUAGCAAUUAAAAGUCUAAGAAAUUUGA